CAAAAAUUGUGGUGUCCGAUUGAAAUAAGUUGAUAAUUCAGUGGCGCCUGAGAAAUUAACCCCCCCCAACAAAAAUCGGAACUAUUUUUUUUCUGGCAUUAUUUCCCUUUCUCCGAGCUGGUCUGCCUCUCAAGUAUCAGCCACAGAGAGCUCGAGAGAGAAUGGCCAUGGUGUCCUGGAACCUGGGCGUGGGUCCACACCCAAAGCUACUUCAAGUCUCUUGCAGAAAGAAAGAGAGGAACAGAGAUAACCAUCACCCUUACAAAGUAAUCGAAAUAACGCCUCCGCCCAAGAACCUUGGCGUUCGAUGCUUUCCCUCCAACCUACAAUGUGGGGAGAGUGUGACAAUAGAAGGCCAAACUUACACAAUCUCAGCUGUAACUCAUAGGUACCAGCUUCGGAAGGGGAAGUACGAACCUAGUGAGAAGAGGCUUGAUGUUUUGUCCACGGCGAGAUAUAUCUUAAAUUUGUACUUGGAAAAUUUACUAGAACAAUCAUGACAUUUUCUUUUAUGUUAUUAGUUCCACUCAAUCACUGCACACACAAUCUCAAAACAAAAUGAAGCGAAUGUGGUGUUCUUUAGUUUCCUUAUCACAUCGCUGUGCCAACUUGCUAGUUUGUCCAUGUACAGUGAAGGAGAAAAAGAAAAAGAAAAGCAAAAGCAGAGGGUCUGUAUUAUUAUUGCAAUGGAGAUAGAUGCUAUGAUUGUUUGUUUCCA